AUGGAGUUCGUAAAUAGUGAAAAAUCAAAACCAAUUAUUCUCUACGAAGGCUACAAAUUUCGUUUCCACAAAACACUAAAACACGAUGUACAGAGGUGGCCUUGCAGUGUCAAAAGUUGUAAGUGCUUUUUAAAAUUAUCUCCUUUAAAUAAAAUAGUUGACAGUAAUACUAAUCAUAACCACAAUAAAAACGACGAAAAAGUCCUGAAUAGGCAAAUAUUAAGUAAUUCUCUGAAAAGAAAAGCCAUAGAAGACAUUUCUUGCAAACCUUCAAAAUUAAUUCGUUCAGAAUUGAAGAAAGACGAUAUAUCGACUUUGACAACGAAUGAUUUAUCAUUAAUUAGACACAAUGUUCAUCGUGCCCGUUCAUUUGUACACCCCCCUCUGCCAAAAUGCAUUAAAGAAUUACAUGCUGCUUUAGAGUCUAUGAAUAUCAAAACUAAUAUAGGUGAGCCAUUUUUGUUUAUCAACGACAAAGAAAAUUGUAUAAUUGGUUUUUCUACUAUACAAAACAUAAAAGUGCUGUGCGAUGUAAAUAAAUUUUACGUGGAUGGAACUUUCAAAAGCUGCCCUAAACACUUUUAUCAACUUUUUACCAUCCAUGGCCUAAAAAAUGAUGUAUAUUUACCUCUAGUGUUUUUUUUACUACCCGACAAGUGUAAUACCACGUACAAGUGUGCAUUUCAACAUUUAAUUUGCCAUUCCAUGUCCAUUGGUCUAACGUGCUCUCCUACUGAAGUUGUUAUAGAUUUUGAACAAGCUAUCCACAGUGCUGUAGCGGAAGUCUUCCCUAAUGCUAAAAUAAGUGGAUGUCGAUUUCACCUAGGGCAAAGUUGGUGGAGGAAAAUUCAAAGUUUAGGACUCACGAAAAUGUAUAACACAAAUACAGAUGAAAGUUAUUUUUAA